AUGCAGAAAAAACAAGUGGCGCCGUCCGAAACUGUAGGGUCGUUGGAUCUGGGCGGAGCCAGCACACAAAUCGCUUUUGUGUCCAAUUCCAAACCACCCAGUCUUGCCACCUCGAUCGAUUUUCAUAUGCUCCGUCUGUUUGGUCGGGACUAUGACGUAUACAGUCACAGUUUUCUGUGCUACGGGAAGAACGAAUUCGAGAAACGAACAAUGGGAAGCGUGAUUGUCAAAGCCGUAUGUGCAAAAUUGAAUAUUUCUGGUUUUUGGCGAAAUUUUUUCAUUUAUCAUGCUUUUGUCUAG